AUGAGCUCUGUCAUGCAGUCGUUCCUCUCUCCAGUGAACAAGGCUAUUCUAGUAGCUCUGUUCAUCUUCGCCAUCCUCCUCAUCCUCUAUGUGAUCCUCUGGUACAUCUGUAGAGACGUGGACUGCGACCACGAGCUGGCCUUACAACAUGGCAAAGUUGCUAUAGUGACGGGAGGCACCAGGGGAAUUGGCUAUGAGACCUCAAGACACAUGGCCAGCCUGGGGGCACACAUUAUCAUAGCUGGACAGAAUGAGCUGAAGGGUGUGUCUGCUGUGAAGAGGAUUUGUGAGGAGAACAGAGAGGCCAAAGUGGAGUUUGAUCAGUUGAAUUUGGCAUCUUUGCAGUCAGUCAGGCAAUUUGUCCAGAAUAUCAAGAGACGGGGCCUACCGCUGCACAUCUUAGUCAACAAUGCGGCGGUCAUGUUGGUCCCUGAGGGUCGUACAGAGGAGGGCUUUGAGCAUCACUUCGGGGUCAACUACCUAGGUCACUUCCUGUUGACCUUGCUGCUGUUAGACACAUUAAAGCAUUCUGGGAAACGCGGUUCCUGCUCACGUGUUGUCACCCUCUCCUCGUCAGCUCAUGGUGCUGGAGAGAUACGACUAGACAGCCUGCUAAACAGAGGCUGGAAAGAGGAGGGUUUCCAGUGAGCUCAUGUGCAGUGGACCCUGGGAUGGUCGACACGUGGCUCUGCCGCCACCUCUUCCCCCCGGUCGUCUUGCACAGACAGUCAUCACACGCCUGCUCUUUAGGAGCCCGUCCCAGGGAGCGUCCACGGUCUUCUACACUGCUCUGUCUCCGUCUCUGGAGUGGGAGGGAGGAGCCUACUGGAGCAAUGGGCGCACAGAGAUGACAUCACCAAACACCUACGACCCCCAGCUACAUCGCGGCCUCUGGGACUCCAGCUGCAGACAAGUUGGCAUGCAGGAACGGCACCAACCAUGACCCCUGACCUUCAACCCCUGACCCUGACCACCAACAUGGGACUGGAUGGCUGAGACCCAACACUUAGUCUGUCUGACUGGCGUUGUCUUUGUUUUGACAAUCUCCUCACCACCAGACUGUGAUUGGACUGAUGAUGACCAUGACUAGACUUUGAUUGGUUAGUGAAGAGUUAAGUCCCUUCCCAUGCUGUUCAAAUGAAUGUGCUAAUGAGAAUGAAGAAACCUUCUCCCUCUGGCACUGUGAACACACACACACUAUAUUAAGAGUAUUCAUAGUGCUGCUAUGAGUGUCUGUAGCGCCACUAUGAGUGUUAAUAGUGACCUUAUAAGUGUUCAUAGCAACCUUAUGACUGUUGGUUCACAGAUCAGAUCUUCCAGAACAGAAAGCACCUUCCCUCCAUGGGAGAACUUAGUUUUGUCAUAAACAAGUGUCAUCAGUGUGUGUGUGUGUGUGUAUGUGUCUGUGUGUACUUGUCAUCAGUGUGUGUGUGCGUAUUAUGAUGUUAGAAGCAUCCAGGAGCAUCUGGUGUUCUGAUCCAUCUGUGAAGCAUAUACUGACCCCUGAAUAUACUGACACCAUAUACUGACCCCAUAUACUGACCAAUGAACAAGCCAGCAUGGUAACAUCAGUAAAUCACAGCCUGAAACUGAUAUUUUCAGUUCUUGUGAAAGCAAAGGGUAUUUUGUGGAAUUCUCGCCAAAGCUGCUGGUUCCCUCUCCAGGGGGCAGAAAUCAUCUGAGAGAAGGUCUUUAGAUUGUGUCCCACCUCCUGGGCUGUGAGUCACACACACCUGUUUCAUGAUAUUUCUCUUUUACUGUUAGAGCUGAGCGAUGGUUUAUCAAUAUGCACAUAUCACCUCUCUCAAGUCCAGUCAUUGUGUGUGUUUCUGUGCACAUUAUGUGUAUUUGUGUGUGCGCUGUUUGUGUGUUUCUUCCAGUCAUUGGUUUGUAUGCAUCCAUAAAAAGGCAGCCCAACUGAAACCAGUAGUGAUAUUUGUGGUAGAGGGAGAGACAGUGAGUAAAGGAGAGAUUCUUCAUCUUCUCUCUCUGCUGCUACCUCGUUUGGCCUUGCUCCCAGUGCAUUCAUUGUGGAAGGGGGAUAUCACAGUGAAAAUUUUGCAAAAUUAAGACAAAGACAAACAGUCACACACACAGAGGCGGACUGUGACCAUUUCUAACACACUGGCCAUUUUGUUCCUUCAGGCCCUCAUUAUUAGCCAUAGGAUUAUCAUUUUGAGUAAAAACCUAAGUUAGACAGGCCCAGUAGGCUGGACCAGCCCAUCUGGCAAAUCUGCCCCUGUGAAAAAACACG